AUGAGUUCUCUGACGGUUGAGCGCAUCACGGCCCGCGAGCUCGCGGCGAUCCUCAAGGACCCGGUCCGCCGCCAGAGCGUGCGUAUCAUUGAUGUGCGCGACUCGGACUUUAUCGGCGGCCACAUCCGGGGCGCCGUGAACCUCCCCGAAGACCACUUCCAAGAUGACGACGACGUCGACGCGGUCGUCGAGGACUUCAAGGCCGUGCCGCAGAUCGUCUUCCACUGCAUGAUGAGCCAAAUCCGAGGGCCAUUCUGCGCCAAGCGCUUCAAGAGUCGCAUGGAGAUCUGCCUCGAGGACGCACCGCACAAGCCUGACGUCCGCGUCCUCUACGGCGGCUUCCAGCUCUUUGGCCGCGAAUACCGCAACGACCCCGAGCUGGUCGAGGACAUGGACAUCUAG